AGUCCUCACGCCCGGGGUCGGUGGGAACUGAUGGAGAGCUAGGCCCGGAGACAGCGGGGCCCAUCAAAAUGUCACCUUCUCAGGAGGCUGGAAGGCGGUGGCCCCUCACCUCUCCCCUGCAAAGUGGGACCUGCCCUGGAGGAAGGAACCAGACCAGAUGUUGGCUAAAUUUGUGGUUUUAAGAAAGCCUGAGGGCCAGAGGGCAGCCCUGGGAGAAGCCCUUCCCGGGGGCACUUGGAACCUUCUGGUCCAGAGGAGAAGGCAUCCCCUCACCUGGACUUAUGACCCGAGGCUUUGCUCCCAUUCUACCCACUGAGUUCCACAAGAUGGGCUCCUUCCGCAGGCCCAGGCCGCGCUUCAUGAGCUCCCCGGUGCUCAGCGAUCUGCCCCGAUUCCAAGCAGCCCGGCAGGCCCUGCAGCUGAGCUCCAACUCGGCCUGGAACAGUGUCCAGACUGCCGUGAUCAAUGUCUUCAAAGGGGGCGGCUUGCAAAGCAAUGAGCUCUAUGCACUGAAUGAAAACAUCAGGAGGCUGCUGAAGAGUGAGCUUGGAUCCUUCAUUACAGACUAUUUCCAGAACCAGCUUCUUGCAAAAGGCCUGUUGUUUGUGGAGGAGAAGAUUAAGCUGUGUGAAGGUGAAAAUCGCAUUGAGGUUCUGGCUGAAGUGUGGGACCACUUCUUCACUGAGACUCUCCCCACCCUGCAGGCAAUAUUUUAUCCAGUUCAGGGCCAGGAGCUGACCAUCCGCCAGAUCUCCCUGCUGGGCUUCCGCGACCUGGUCCUGCUGAAGGUGAAGCUGGGUGAUUUGCUGCUGCUGGCCCAGUCCCAGCCACCCUCAUCCAUUGUCCAGAUGUUGCUCAUCCUGCAGAGUGUUCAUGAGCCCACAGGCCCCAGUGAAGGUUAUUUGCAGCUGGAGGAACUGGUGAAGCAAGUGGUGUCUCCUUUCCUGGGCAUCAGUGAGGACCGCGGCGUCUCGGGUCCCACGUCCGUGUCGGCCAGACGCCACUCCAGGGUCCGGCCCAAGGUCGCGGUCCUGAGCUAUGCCUGCCCGACCCCCGCCCUCAGCCGGCCCUUGAAUGAGACGGCUCUGACCCCUCUGGCGGAGCAGGAGGGGGAAGCCUACCUGGAGAAGUGCGGCGGCGUCCGGCGGCACACGGUGGCCAAUGCCCACUCGGACAUCCAGCUGCUGGCGAUGGCCACCAUGAUGCACUCAGGCUUGGGUGAGGAGCCUGGCGGGGAGGACAAGGGCCUGCUCCUGCCGCCCAGCUUCUCGCCACCGCACCGGCAGUGCUCCAGUGAGCCCAACAUCACCGACAGCCCCGAUGCCCUGCAGCAGGGGGCCGCGGGCAGCCAGGGGGACUCCGAGCUGAACUGUGCUUCCCUUGGCUGAAUGCCCACCCCCGGGACCUCCCAGCCCCGGCCUGACCACCGGCGUGAGCACGGCUCCAUCCCCCGGGCAGGGGCAGGCGGGGCAGAGCUCCCCAAGGGGCUCCUCCUGGAGGCCUAGUCCAAGUGCCCCAGUUGUGGACCUCUCCGUUUUCGUGACUGUGACCCCCCUCUUGGCAGCCACGCAGACCCGACUGCCUGAUGCUCACUUUCUGCUUGCCUGACUCUGG